AUGCUUGCCAGGUCGUGUUUGCGCUCGACGCGCACCUUCAAUGGCCUCCGGAACGGCCCUUCUGCUGUCACCAAGGUAUGGCACGAUCCUACCACCUCUGCCAGCGAGCUUCCCGUUUGCCGAGAGAUGACAACCACGAACCUCGACACGCCGCAGCCACGCCAAUCGCAACUGAAUGCGCCUCAAUUGCAUCGUGCCGCUUCCUCGAGCUCCAGCGCCGCCAGCGAUGCCUCUGCCACCCGAUUGAACCUGGCUGCCGCCGCCUCGACUACCCUCGCCCUCGGCUCCAUGGCUUGGUACUAUCACCUUUACGGACCUGUUGCCUUUGCUAUGACUCCUGCUGAAGAGGGACUUCACGCUACCAAGUACCCUUGGGUUCACAACAAGUGGUUCAAGACCUUCGACCACCAGGCUCUCCGCCGUGGUUUCCAGGUUUACCAGGAGGUCUGCCAGUCCUGCCACUCCCUCAGCCGAAUCCCCUACCGAACGCUCGUCGGCUCCGUCUUGACCGUUGACGAGGCCAAGGCCCUUGCCGAGGAGAACGAGUACCCCGGUGAGCCCGAUGAGCAGGGUGAGAUCCAGAUGCGCCCCGGAAAGCUGGCCGAUUACAUGCUGCCUCCUUACAAGAACGAGGAGGCUGCUCGAUUUGCCAACAAUGGUGCUCUCCCCCCGGAUCUGUCUCUUAUCAUCAAGGCCCGUCACGGUGGCUGUGACUACAUCUUCAGCUUGCUCACCGGCUACCCUGAAGAGCCCCCUGCUGGUGUUCAGGUCGCUCCCGGCAUGAACUUCAACCCUUACUUUCCCGGUACCGGUAUCGCCAUGGCCCGUGUUCUUUACGACGGUCUCGUUGAGUACGAGGAUGGUACCCCCGCCACCACCUCUCAGAUGGCCAAGGAUGUUGUCGAGUUCCUCAACUGGGCUGCCGAGCCCGAGAUGGAUGACCGAAAGCGAAUGGGUAUGAAGGUCCUUGUCGUCUCUGCCUCUCUGUGGGCUGUCAGUGUCUGGGUGAAGCGAUACAAGUGGGCUUGGCUGAAGUCCCGAAAGAUCGCCUACGAUCCCCCCAAGGAGGUCAAGGUCCGCCGCUAA